UACAAUUAUCUGUACUGACUUGUGAACGUCAUAACAUUUUUUUUUUAAAUAUUCAUCAACUUUGUAUUUUCGUACACUAGUAUAAUGUCGUAAUAGCGCGUAAAAUUUUGAAUGGAUUUGGUCUAGGUGUAAAAUUUGUAAGUAAAGGAUUUAUCUAUAGAAACUAUUAUGAGUAAAUAUACAAUUAUCUGUACUGACUUGUGAACGUCAUAACAUAUUUUUGUAAAUAUUCAUCAACUUUUUAUUUUCGUACACUAGUAUUAUGUCGUAAUCAUGGUAAUAGUGCGUAAAAUUUUGAAUAUAUAAUUUAAGUAUAUUUUUCUAUUAAAUGAAUACCCCGGUUUUAAAUUUGUCAAUGUUAUGUUUACUGAGUUCAAGUAAAAUGUUAAUUAAUUAGACUUAACAUUAUCGAUCUAAUAAAUGCAAGAAAUAUUUGAUAAAUUAUAAUUGUUAUGUUCAUUUUAAUUUGAAAUACCUAUUAUACAAAAUUGCUUGUUUAUGUUUAUAGAUCUAAAGUAUCACGUUGUGCGAAAGACUUUCAUAAAGUAUAUGACGGUAUGUGUGAACAGUUACGGACGCACAAGUAAAUGUAUUAACAAGUUACAAAAGAAAGGGCUACUUGGAACUGCACAUUCAUAUAGAAACCAAAAAGUGAUCAGUCAUGGUUACAAUUUUGAUAAAUAUGGACACUCGCACAGACAUUUAAGACACAAGCACGGUAUUGAAAUUGUUAACCAUGGUCACCACGCAGAAGGCCGUUUGCGAAUUCCCUAUUUAGAGAGCCGGCUGCACGAUCAUCAUUCAAAGAUUCAUCAUAUAGCAAGCCAUAAAUGGAGGAAUCCUUUCGAAACCUUUCAACAUAGCUACCAGGCCAAACGUUAUGUGAACAAGAAACGCAUUCAUCAUAUUAUAAACCAUAACUAUCACCAUCUUUCCAGUUCCAGACCUCGUCUUCAUACUGCAAUAUAUUACCACAAACGACGACCCCAUACUUAUAGUUAUUUGCAAGACAUGGAAAAACAUAAGGAAAUGUAUGCACACCGCAAUCAUGUAAUGCAUCACAAUCGCCGUCAUGUAGUACAUCACAAUCGCAAUCAUGUAGGACAUCACAAUCGCCAUCAUGUAGGACAUUACAAUCGCCAUCAUACAGUACACCACAAUCUCCGUCAUGUUGAACAUUACAAUCGCCAUCAUGUAGUACAUCACAAUCGCCGUUAUGUAGUACAUCACAAUCGCCAUCAUGUAGUACAUCACAAUCACCGUCAUGUAGUACAUCAAAAUCGCCAUCAUGUAGUACAUCACUAUCGCCGUCAUUUUGAACAUCACAAUCGCCAUCAUGUUAUACAUCACGAUCGGCGUCAUGUAGUACAUCACAAUCGCCAUCAUGUAGUACAUCACAAUCGCCGUCAUUUUGUACAUCACAAUCGCCAUCAUGUAAUACAUCACAAUCGCCGUCAUGUAAUACGUCAAAGUCGCCGUCAUGUAGAACAUCACAAUCGCCGUCAUGUAGUACAUCACAAUCGCCAUCAUGUAGUACAUCACAAUCACCGUCAUGUAGUACAUCAAAAUCGCCAUCAUGUAGUACAUCACUAUCGCCGUCAUUUUGAACAUCACAAUCGCCAUCAUGUUAUACAUCACGAUCGGCGUCAUGUAGUACAUCACAAUCGCCAUCAUGUAGUACAUCACAAUCGCCGUCAUUUUGUACAUCACAAUCGCCAUCAUGUAAUACAUCACAAUCGCCGUCAUGUAAUACGUCAAAGUCGCCGUCAUGUAGAACAUCACAAUCGCCGUCAUGUAGUACAUCACAAUCGCCGUCAUUUUGUACAUCAUAAUCGCCGUCAUGUAGUACAUCACAAUCGCCGUAAUGUAGUACAUCACAGUCGCCGUCAUGUAGUACAUCACAAUCGCCGUCAUUUUGUACAUCACAAUCGCAAUCAUGUAGUCCAUCACAAUCAUUACAAACAAGUUAAUCUACACAAGCAUACACGUCGCCAUAUACAUAAACAGAUUCACCCAUUUGCACUAGGUCGUAAAUCCAGUCAUUUAUCAGUCGAUAGGCACAACUUUGAUAGGGAAUGGCGUAUGAGCAGACAUGGACAUGUAUCUGAGAGACAACAAGAAAGUCAAAUAACUGAACAUCAUGAGAGUUCUGGUCUGACGAUUUCUGGUCAUUACUUCAAACGAUUUCAUCAACUUGGAGUUAGAUUAAUAGGACGUGGUAUUGUCUAUCAUCAUACUUUUUAUAAACUACGCUGUAGCGAAAGAAGGCUGUACAUUUCAUUGAAGAAAUGUAUUAGAACAUAUGGUGGAGUUGAGCCUUGCUUUCCUAGAUUGUAUGGACGUGGAUUGAUAGGAAAACGCCAUAAAUAUAACAGAUAUGGUCACGGAUUUGGUCUAGGUGUAAAAUUUGUGAGAAAAGGAAUUAUCUAUAAAAACUUUUAUCUUAAGUAUCACGUUGUGCGAAAGACUUUCAUAAAGUAUAUGACGGUAUGUGUGAACAGUAACGGACGCACAAGUAAAUGUAUUAACAAAUUACAAAGGAGAGGGCUACUUGGAACUGCACAUUCAUAUAGAAAACAACACGUAAUUAGUCAUAAUUUUGCAUCACAACAACAGCUUUUGCAUCUAAACUCUGCAUCCACAAGACCAGAUGGUUUGCAUCAUAAUGCAGGCUAUAGACACAUCCAUGCUAUUAAAGUAGACAAACGGACUUUUCAAAGAUACCGAAAGCUUGGUGUUCGGUUAGUGGGACAGGGAAUACUGUUUAACGGAUAUUUUUACAGAAUACGUGUAGACUAUACUAUAGUUUAUAGAACCCUUCGUUCAUGUAUGAGAAGUCAUGGUGGAGUUCAUGCUUGUCUUCCUGUCUUGUACAAGAAAUCAUUCAUCGGUUCACGUCAUCGGUUCAUGAAAUACGGAAGAGGGUAUGGACUUGGGAUAAAGUUUGUCAGGAGAGGGAUAGUUUAUAAAAAACAUUUUUACAAGUUCAUGAUACGGCGAAGACGAUUCAUUCGUUAUAUGACCACAUGUAUCAACAGCUAUCAUCAUACUGAUGUUUGUUUAAAUCAGUUACACAAACAGAGGAUAAUAGGGCAUGCUGUAACAUGGAGAGGGAAACAUAUGUUUCAAAAGGUUGCAUCACACCAACUUGUUAUACACCGAAGCUCUUCCAAUUAUGGGCACGUUCAUGGUAUCAAAGUAGACAAGCGCAUUUUCCGAAUGUAUAGAAAGCUUGGAGUUCAGCUAGUAGGACAAGGAAUUACUUACCAUGGAUACUUUUUCAGAUUCAGUAUGGACUACAGCGUAUUUUAUAAGAUUCUCCGGUCAUGUAUUAGAACACACGGCGGCAUACGUAGCUGUUUUCAAUACCUGCACAAAAAGGAACUAAUAGGCAGGCGACAUCGCUUCCAUAAAUAUAACCGUGGGUAUGGCCUUGGGAUAAAAUUUGUCAGGAGAGGGAUAGUUUAUCAAAAACAUUUCUACAAAUUCCUGAUACGACGCAGACAAUUCGUUCGUUAUAUGACCACAUGCAUCCACAGCUAUCAUCGUGCUGACGUUUGUUUAACCCAGUUACACAAACAGAGGUUAAUAGGGAGUGGAAAACACAUACUUCAUAGGGUUUUUGGUUCUUAA